GAGGCUGGGACACCGUGUACCUUCCCAUUCUGAUCCAGCCCAAAGUUCACCAGCCCACAGAACCAACAUGCCUGUAGACUUCAAUGGCAAAUGGGAGUUGGAGAGCAGUGAGAACUUUGAGGAUUACAUGAAAGCACUGAACAUUGACUUUGCCACACGCAAAAUAGCAGUGCAGCUGGCCCAGACCAAAGUGAUUAUCCAGGAUGGAGACAAGUUGGAAGUCAAGACGCUGAGCACCUUCAGGAACUAUGAGCUGAUGUUCACUGUGGGGGUGGAGUUUGUGGAGCACACAAAAGGACUGGACAACAGGGUGGUCAAGGCUCUUGUGGUGUGGGAGGGGGACAAACUAGUGUGUAUCCAAGGGGAAAAGGACAACCGUGGGUGGAAGCACUGGAUCGAAGGAGACAAACUGUACCUGGAACUGACGUGUGAGGACAAAGUCUGCAGGCAGGUGUUCAAGAGAAAAGAAUAGAAAGACAAUAUCUGGAUAUCAGUUGCUGGAUUCAUCCACUUUUUCAUACCUUGUGUCAAUAUAGUAAACUCCUGCUGUUACCAUUUAAACUUGUCAUAACGGUUUCAAACUCACAAGCAAACCUGAAUAAAGCAUUGUAUAUUGUUCACUCUU